AUGUCUGUUGUAUUAGAAACGACAUUAGGCAAUCUAAUAAUUGAUUUAUAUUAUGAUGAACGUCCGAUAUGUUGUAAAAAUUUUCUUCUACUAUGUAAAAUGAAAUAUUAUAAUUUUUGUUUAUUUCAUUCCAUUCAAACAAAUUUCAUUGCUCAAUCCGGUGAUCCAACGGGUACUGGUCGUGGGGGUGAAUCUAUUUAUAAACAAUUGUAUGGUGAACAAGCUACUUAUUUUGAUAUGGAAAAAAAACCUAUAAUAAAACAUCGUAAACGUGGUUGUAUAUCAAUGGUCAAUAAUAAAUUUAAUCAACAUGGUUCACAAUUUUUUCUUACAUUAUUUCCUGAAUUAGAUUCAUUAGAUGAUAUUCAUACGGUAUUUGGUGAAGUUGUGGAUGGUUUCGAUGUAUUAGAUAAAUUGAGUAUAUCUGUUUGCAAUAAAGAAUAUCGACCUUAUCAUGAUAUAAGAAUAUUACAUACUGUUAUAUUGAAUAAUCCUUAUGAAUCAAUACCAACAACAUUAAAAUAUCCAUCUCGUUCACCAUCACCAACGUUGGAACGUAUACAAUCAUCAAUGAUUAGUUUUGAUGAAUUAUUUGAUGAAGGUCAAAUAAAUGGAAAAACAGACGAAGAAACUAAAAAUUAUAUUGAAGAAAAAGAGGCACAAGCACGUGCACAAAUUCUUGAAUUAAUUGGUGAUUUACCUGAAGCUGAUAUUAAACCACCAGAGAAUGUUUUAUUUGUAUGUAAAUUAAAUCAAAUAACGACUGAUGAAGAUUUAGAAACAAUAUUUUCUCGAUUUGGUGAAAUUAUAAGUUGUGAAAUUGUACGAGAUAAAAAAACAAAUGAAUCUUUAUGUUAUGCAUUUAUUGAAUAUGUAAAUCAAGAUGAUUGUGAACAAGCCUAUUUUAAAAUGGAUAAUGUUUUAAUUGAUGAUAGACGAAUUCGAGUCGAUUUUAGUCAAUCGGUUGCCAAAUCAAAAUGGGAGCUUGAACAAAAACAACGAGCAGUAAAAGGCAGAAAGCAACAAUCUUCUUCUAACCAACAAAAUCGUUCUCCACAUUCAUCAACUUCUCGUAAGAAAAAUGAAUCUCCUCAUCGUAUUAAAAGAGAACAAUCUUCUUCUAACCAACAAAAUCGUUCUCCACCUUCAUCAACUUUUCGUAAGAAAAAUGAAUCUCCUCAUCGUAUUAAAAGAGAAUAUUCACCUUCGAGAAAUAAUGGUCAUAACAAACGACGUUCUCCUUUGCCUCCUAAAAAACGUCGCUCUUCUUCAUCUUCUUCUUCUUCAUCUUCAAAUAGUCCGAUACAUAAGUCGAAAAAAACUGAUUAUUCACAUAGACAUCAUCGACAUCACCAUUCUUCUUCUUCUAAACAUGAUAGAAGAAAACAUUAA